GUAAUGAAGACAGAAUGUAAACCGGGGCAGAAAAGUUGGGCGAACGCGACCAGUGAAUGAAACACUUGCUGCUACGAGCAGAGCAUCAAGUUGUUGUGAAGUGCAGUGACCCUUCAUUGUUGGAACUCUCACCUCACCUCCGUCAAUGAAUAUAGACAACGUUUCUUCCUCAGCCAUGAAAUUCCCUGUAUCCCAACUGAAUUUCUCUCUGGAAAUCAAGGGAAACAAAACAGAAAUUUUCCUUUCAAAUUAUGAAGAUCACUUUCUGGUUGUUGCCACACAAAUUGGAUCCAUGGGGACAAUACUGCAUGCCAGGAAGGAAGAAGGGAUGUCCAUUAAUCCAACGUUCAGCGUUUCUGUUUUGUUUGGCAAACGAGAUGAGCCAAUGUUAGUAGCAUGUGCACGUCAGCUGAUUGAGCAUAUGACUUUGUCUGGCUUCUCUAAGCCAUUGGUGCUCUCACUUGGUCUUAAAGACCACUCUCCGGAGACAUUGAAAGGCAUUAUUGCUGCUGUGAUUGACAAGAGGCAGUGGUAACAAAUUGCUGAUAAAAUUUCAAAUUUGAGGAUUUAGCAUGCCCAACUGCCUUGUAGCUCAAACUAGUGGAGUUGGAAAGGUAUAUUUGAUUGAAGUAUGCUGACUAUUUUUCUACCUUAUUAUUUUCCGACAGUAAAGCCGGCAGUGAGUUAUUGACCUCUGGCACUCAGAUUAUAGUAACCAAUUGCCAUUUAUUACUGCAAGUUAAUCACAUUUUCUGUUGUAGUGAUGAAGGAUUGAAGUGUUCCAUUAUUGAUAUUAUGUUUAUGUGGAAUUAACAUAUUUUUAUAUUUGAUUAA